AUGAGAAAAGAGUUUAAGGAAUACAAUGAGAAGAACUUCCGGAACUUGCAAUUUAUUUACGAUUUUUUGGAUAAGAUUGGAAUGAAAAAUAGUUUGGAGGCUUUGAAGAAUGAAAGCAAAAUAAAUUACGUAAAGGAGUAUGACAAGUAUUUUCUGGAGAAAGGCAGCAACCAGGAGGCGGACGAGGAUAUGAACACGCAAGAUGAUGAGGUUGCGGACAAUUUAACCAACAGUCCAGGUGAUCACGGAAGUGACAGCCUCAAUGACAACCUCAGUGAUAAUUUAAGUGACAAUUUAAGCGACGACUUAGAACUGGAUCGCGACUUUUUUUUCCACACCAUUGAUAAAAUGAACAAUACAGUUUUGUGUAAAGCCAUAGACAGCUUCGAAAGCACAUUAAAAAGUAGUAGCAGCAGUAGAAAGAAUGCGAGGGAAAAGGAGAAAAAAAAAAAGCACAGUGCAGAAAAGGGAAACAGUUUCCAAAACAGGGAUAACUUUCCCGCUUAUAAAAGUAGUUUCACAGCACCUUCAGCUGAUAACCGCUUAGAGAAGAAAAAAGAGCAUAACGCUUAUACCCAGAAUAGCGUGCAAAAUGAAGGUACAAAUCUGGGUGAACAUAUAGGCAUUUCUGACAAAGUAAAAGACGAGUCAAAAAGCGACUUGGACAAGGAUAACAGAAAAGCUAAAGGUGGAUGCAUACUAAAAAAGGUGGCCGAAGAUAUGAAGGACAUAACUGCGGUAGCGAAAAACCAUUUGAAAUUUCCCCUAUCACUAAAUGGGAAGUUACGCGCGGGGGUAAGCAGCAAACCUGACUUAACCCUUAAUGAAAAACGGAACGAUGAACUGGAUGAAAAUGGGCCCAGAAAUGAGGCGAUGUUGGGCCAAGAAAAAAGGAGAAUUGAAAAUUUCCCGUACAGCUUUGAAAGCGUUGAGGGUGCAUAUUUGCCCGGCGAGAAGGGAAAAGGUUGCUACUGGAGUGACAAAAAGAGCAAGAGUCUCAAUGGGGAAAGAGCCAAAGGUGCACGGGGGAAAGACGCACCGGGGACAGCGGUAACGGACAGUCAUAACGCAAGGGAUGUGCACAACUGGGAUAGUUUCUUCACAUACGAACGGGAAAUAUGCAGAGAGUUAAAAGUAAAAUACUGCAGCGGCGCAAAAGGCAAAAGAGACCACAACUUCAACAGCAGCAGCAACAACGGGGAUGAAAACUACAUCGGAUCGACGUCCAACAUUUUAGUGGUAAAAUAUGUCGACAUUUAUAACCUGGAUAGGUGCCAAAAUAUGAGAUUCGAGAAUAUCAUUUUUUUCAAAAAUUUUUUCCCAAUCCUGUUGCUGGUAGGGUACGCAGAUGGCAACGUGAAGCUUUUUUUAAUACUCUACGAGAAAUGCGAUAAUGAAAAUAACGCGGAGGAAUGUAUUCACAUGUGCAAAGAGUUGGACCAUCUAUUUUUAAGCUCACCCAUAAUGUUUAUCGAUAUUAAUUACAAGGACAAUAUAUUUAUCGUGUCCACAAUGAAUGGAGAUAUAUUUAUAUGCAAAAUAAAUUUAAACCAUCUGUCCAUUUUAACGGAAAAUAUUGAAUUAAAUCACUCAAUUGAUGACAUAAAAAAUCAUGUAAAAACGGAGGAAAGAUAUGUUAGCAUUAUAAGAAAUUUAACUUAUCAUAAUAAGUACUCCAUCAAGUGUGUAUUUAAUCAGGAUUAUUCCCUUUUCUGUUCCAUAGCAAAUGAUAAGAAUUUAAUUAUUUACGAAAAAAUUACAAGUGAAGAUGAACUGUCCGUAAUUUAUGAAAAAAAAAAAAUCAUAGGAUUACCUGAAAUACCAACAAGUGUUGUGUGGGUCAAGGAAAAUCAAAACAAAGAAAUGAUAAUAACCAGCAUGCUAAGCAGCAAUCAUGUCCUUUGUAUAAACAGCAAGACGUACAACGUAGUGGAUAAAAUUUACUUAUUUGAUGAAGCAGACAAAUAUAAUAUGCUCAAUUUAGAGUAUAAUAAAAAUAAAAACAUUUUGGUGAUAUGCACAGACACGUCCAUCAUUUUUGUCUACUCCUUUGUUAGCAAAUCCAUUAUUAGAAAAAUUUACGGGUGUGUUUUAAAUUCUCUUUCCUUUCCAACAAUGGAGGUUGAUAUAAACGGAAAUAACAUUUACAUCACGUCAGACGAUAAAGCGAAUGGUACCCACAUUUUAAUUUUUGACAUAAAGAGCGGAAACAUUAUAGACGCUAUAAAUAAUGGGUAUAAAAUCAGAUGCUUUCAAUUGUUAAAAAGUUACAUUUGCCCAUUUUCCAGUGAAACCAAUUCGAAUAACAUUGAGGAAAAUAAAAAAUCCUUGCUUAUCUUGGGAUCCUUUGAUAAGAAAAUACAUUUUUACUCUAACUGA